AUGAUGGGGAGUUCUUUUAGACCAGCGGACUAUUUGUCGCAUAAUAUUCACCAUGUUUCUUCUCAACACGAUAAUAUGCAGAACACGCUUGGUAAACAUAGACGGAUGCGUUCAGAGGGGUCUGCCUGUAUCACCUCAUCUUUCUGUGAUCCUCUGAUCUCAAAUCAAACAGAUGCAGAUUGGAUGCCACAGUCUGCUGUCAGGAGGCGAAAGUUGCCGAAGUUUUGCCUGCCCAGCGAUUCUUCAAACCAUGUGGCCACCAACGCAUAUACACCACAACCGUCUUGGGAUCUAAAUUCGUCUGUUACAGACUUGCAGUCACUAACUGUUCCCAAAACAAAUCACUCUCCCUUGUGCGCACAUCGUCGAUCUGCUAGUUAUGGUGGAGAUUACUUUACGUUCGCAGCUCAUGAGAUUGGAGAGGCUGCUAGUAGGGCUGUAGAACAAGCAGAAGAGUUGGUUAUUCACCUUUGGAAAAAAGGGUGGAGAGUAGUUCAUCACCAUAGCUUACCACACUGGUUAAAAGACAACGAUUUUAUCCUCCGGGGUCACCGUCCGCAACUCCCAUCAUUUCGUGAAUGCUUCCGUUCUAUCUUCCGACUUCAUACGGAAACAGGAAAUAUUUGGACACAUCUCAUUGGUUUCGUUUGUUUUCUGAUCUUGAGUAUCUCAUUUCUAGUUCAUCCGGGUUUAAAUAUACAUUGGCAAGAGAAAAUGGUUGUUCAGGUAUUUUUUACAAGCGCCAUCCUUGCACUUGGUUUUUCAUGGUUGUUUCACACAGUUUAUUGCCAUUCAGAACGUGUUGGUAAAUUAUUCAACAAAUUGGACUAUGUUGGAAUAUCAUUACUUGUUAUCGGGUCAUUUAUCCCAUGGAUCCAUUAUUCUUUCUAUUGUUAUAAUUCAUUCAAACUUGUUUAUAUUUUGGCUGUGCUGAUACUUGGUGGAUUUUGCGCUUUUGUAUGCACGCAAGAUUAUUUUCUUAGCCCAACGUAUCGUGCAGCUAGAGCACUUUUGUUUAUUGCUCUUGGUCUGUCGGGAGUGGUUCCUUGUGUACAUUAUAUUCUAAUUGAAGAUCUUCAGGAGGGUGUUCAUUAUUCUGCACUUGGAUGGCUUAUUCUAAUGGCUGUACUAUAUAUAUCGGGAGCUACCAUUUAUGCACUACGUAUACCUGAGCGUCUUUAUCCUGGUAAAUUUGAUAUUUGGUUCCAAAGUCAUCAAAUAUUUCAUGUAUUUGUUGUAUUGGCUGCCUUAGUACACUUGAAUGGUAUUAUGGAAAUUGCUCAGCAUCGAUUAAGCAAAGGCGGUUGCGAUAAUCAACUGUAA